UCCCCCUCCGCCUGCCUUGCUUUGCUUGCUUCGCUAGCUUCCUCUUCUUCUUCGUUCGCUUUUAGGAAUCGAUCGAGAACAAGAUCAACCGGCCAUGGGGAGGGGGAGGGUGGAGCUGAAGAGGAUCGAAAACAAGAUCAACCGGCAGGUGACGUUCGCCAAGCGCCGGAACGGGCUGCUCAAGAAGGCCUACGAGCUCUCCGUGCUCUGCGACGCCGAGGUCGCGCUCAUCAUCUUCUCCAACCGCGGCAAGCUCUACGAGUUCUGCAGCGGCCAGAGCAUGACCAGAACACUUGAGAGAUACCAAAAAUGCAGCUAUGGCGGGCCAGAUACUACAAUACAGAACAAGGAAAAUGAGCUAGUGCAAAGCAGUCGCAAUGAGUACCUCAAACUGAAAGCCCGGGUGGAAAAUUUACAGAGAACUCAAAGGAAUCUUCUUGGCGAGGAUCUUGGAACACUUGGCAUCAAAGAAUUAGAGCAGCUUGAAAAACAACUUGAUUCAUCCUUAAGGCACAUCAGAUCUACAAGGACACAGCAUAUGCUCGAUCAGCUCACUGAUCUCCAGAGGAGGGAACAAAUGCUGUGUGAAGCAAAUAAGUGCCUUAGAAGAAAACUGGAGGAGAGCAACCAAUUGCACGGACAAGUGUGGGAGCAAGGCGCCACCCUAGUUGGUUAUGAGCGGCAGUCCCCUCAUGCAGUCCAGCAGGUGCCACCGCACGGUGGCAACGGGUUCUUUCAUCCCCUCGACGCCGCCGCAGAGCCCACUUUGCAGAUUGGGUUUACUGCAGAGCAGAUGAACAACUCAUGCGUGACUACCUUCAUGCCUGCAUGGCUACCUUGAAGGUGGAUGCGACAACCAAUAAAAAAAUGGAUGUGACGACACACAGUUGCAUCGACCAUUUAGAUCUACUACUACAAAGAAUGAAUAUUGCAUUCGUAACUCUUUGUUAAUUUGUGAGCUAAUGCGUGAAAACUUUUGUGAUGUGAUGCACGCACUUUAUGCGUGUACGUGUUGGGUCUAGUUUGUUUGAUGUCCAAAUGUAUCCGGUAUAAAAGGCCGUAUGUGACAGCCUAUGGGCUGACAGCAUGCUGCACAAAAACUGCGUACGGUACAGUGCAGUGCUUGUGUACAUUUCAUAAUUUGCCGUAAAAUUUGACUGUUUAGUGU